AAAUGUUAUGAUUUAAUUUACGAUUUGUAUUGAUUGUAUUCUCAUAAUUCUCAUUAAAGCAAAACAUUUUCCAUAAUAUUAUUACAAUAAAUUAGUAACUAAGAAGAUAAUGGCUGAAGGAACAAAUAAACCCAGUUCCCCUGACGUGGAGGACCCGCCAAAUAAACAAGAUGAUAUGGAUGAUGAGAUUUCUGCUCGGAUGACUGCUUCCUACAGCGAAAUAUCGUUUCACUCGGACCAGGGUGCUACCGAACAGCCAGGAAAUUCGCCCGGUCCGUCCCGGCCGUACAAUUUACCAUCAGAGAACCGUAAACAGGAAAGAAAUCCUCUAAACAUGGAUGGUCAUGUUAGGUAUGAAGGAGACAUGACACAUUAUGUAGCAGAUGAUUUAGAAUUUAAGAUAAAGCUGUCUAGUCCUAUAACUAAGCGAGGUGAGACUCCAGUGUUUGGGAGUUCCAGUGCAUCUAGAUCCAGCACACCAUCAGGAAAGCUCUACAGACAAAUACUAGCUCCACAGAUUGGUCAGAUUGAUAUCACAGUGCUGAAUGAUUUAGAAUAUGAAGCUCAAAGGAUUGCUCAGUCCGUGGAUAAUUUAAUAGAGAACCUGUCAAGUAUACUGCAUUCCAACUCAUCGUUAACUGCCGAGAAUAUGGAAGUGUACAAAGAUGCAGUCGGGAAGACUUGUGAUGCAAUGGACAAUAAUAUCAAAAGCAUGUACACUAUCCUGGCGAAAGGGGAGGAGGUGUCGCAGGCUAUGAUCCCCGUACAGGCACAGGCUGCUAGAAUAGCUGAAAUAAAAAGACUACUACACUUAUUUGAAAGCAUGUUUUAGGUUAUUAUUUAUUUAAAGCAAGCAAUUAAGUAUAACUUAUUUAUUUAGUAAUGAAAUCAUACAAAAAGGUAAUCCGCCACAUGCUUCGUCAAAACACAAACGUAAUCCGCAUAAGCCUCGUCCUGACCUUAUUCUACAAAUAGCCUUAAAAAACCUUAAAUAGGUAUGGAGAAUUGUUUUAAAUUAACCUUUCAUAUGCGCAUGCCAAAAAAUUGCCAUAUAAAUAGCAAUCGUGACAACUUCAUGUUUAAGUUAAAUAUAAUUCCAUAAAUGUGCCAUUUUCAACUGAAAGGGUAAUUGUCGCUUGUCAGUAAGGCGCUGUUUCGAUAUAGCUUUUAUUAGAAAUCAGCCUUAUCGACAACCGACAAUGUGGUACCUUUUGAUUGAAAAUUUCACAAAUGUUAGUUGGCUUAUAAGUUUGAUGUGGUAUGGUAUGUGGUCAUAAUCCUCAAACAGAAGAA